AUUAUAAGUCUCUGCCCCUGCCCCCACCUAGAAAAAAAGGCUGCGGCGCUUCUGCCUCCAUGAGGAAGUAAAAUCAAUAGUUUUCUCAAAAAUAUGAUCUCUGCUGUAUCAACAUGUUCUGUCAAGGGAGUGGCUCUAUCUACACUACCUUGAAAAAAAAGUUGAACUAACGACAUGGUCUUCUGCUCACUCUGUUUUGCGUCGAAUCGAGAAAAUGUGUUGUUAGUAGUUUCGUUCCGUUUCUUUCAUUUGACACCUAUGAAAUAUUGACGUUUCUCCGUAAAAUAAUCUAAACCAUACGGCAACGCACAGGAAAAAAUGCAGAAAGUUUCCAAAUUUUCGUACAUUCUAAUUUACGUCAAUCAGACCCAAAAAUAAGACAGAACUUCUCUGGCAACUGAGUAAUACAAAAUGAUUAGCGGUCUUCAAGUUGCUCUAAAAAAUGCUAUUGACGUGAUAGCUCCACCCGCCACGCCGUUCCAAGAUUUCACUUAUCAUUGGAAACAGCUCAUGAAUUUCUAUGCCGAUCAUUUAACUGACACUAAGGUACCGAUAGAAACAACAGGAAUUCCUCGCCACUUGGACAUACUUCUGCAAAUUUUAAUAGAUGAAGAAAAAGAAAACGAUGAGCCUGGACCAUGCUUGGAAUAUUUAAUACAGCACAAACUCCUGGAUUUAUUGGCCACUUUAGCUUGUGCAGAAUCUCCCCCAGGAAUGAGACUAGUCUGCCUAACUUUCUUUCGAAAAUUACUAACCAGAUCAAAACAUCCUCUGCUGCAUCAUGCAGCUAUAUUCUCUCCAAUUCAAAGGUUGAUAGCCAUCUGUGAUGGAAACCUAGCUUCGCCAAUAGAAAGCGAGGAAGUGCAAUUUCUUCUAGCUCUUUGUUUCUUAGUUUGCAAAUAUCCUCACUGUACGAGCCUUGUUAAUGAAUCUAGGAAUAUCCGCAGAGAGUGUAAGACACCACACGGAGAUUCAGAAAGAACAGAAAUUCAAAGCAUCACCUAUGUUCCUGUUAGGAAAUGCAACAAGUCUAAUCCUUUAUUCCAGCCACUUAAUACUCAAGCAGUCACGCUAGUGAAUCCAAAUUUAUUUACUGCUGCACAUAGCCGAAGACGUUCAAUUUGUUCGGAUCGAAUUUCCAUUAAAAGCUGUAGCCUUCGAGGAGGUUCACAGGAGUCACUGGAACACAGGCGUGAUGUGACAAAUGGUUCACAGAAUGUCCCAAGUUGUUCGAACACAUCAAGUCGAUCUAAUGGAUCCUCUGGAGAUGUUGAAAGCGUUUCACAAUCUUCAAGUCCACUUUCUCCGAAAUUUAGUUUUGAUAAUGCGUUGACGAUUGGGAAUAGUUGUGAUACUCGAGAUAGCGUAAGCUCUGUUAAUGUACCUGAUGAGAUGGAAGCAACGUCCUGUGAUACAGCAGUCACUAUUUUAAAUAGGAUUGAAAACUUGAAGAUAGAUACUGAUUAUGCAAAGCACGAUUCCUGUGAAACAAAUAGCAUCGAGAGUCCUUUAAGUGAUUUAGAAAAUCCUGAAAAUUCAAAGUGUUUAUUGCUUGAUUCCCUGAAAAGCUACAUCAACAGUGCUGAUAACACAGUGAGAAUAAGGGCCUGCGAGGGAAUCAUGGUUUUAGCAUCUUUGGAAGACACGUCCUUUGUUAGUUCAAUCGCUCAAAGUAAUCUUCCACUAGUUUUAUCUAGGCGUCUAGAGAAUCUCUUUAAUUCAAUACCAGCACAUGUUUAUCCCAACGAAAUCGACGAUGUCGAAGUAACCUGGGGUUUGGAUUCCCCUCUUUUAACAAGUGAAAAAAGAUUUCCCGGGUGCAGGAGAGUAGCGGCAUUUUUCAUGUGGCUAGAUUUCUGUGAUCAACUGAUAAAAGAAGCGCACCCGAAGGUCGCAGAAGCUUUGUCAAAAACGAUCAGGAUAGAAUUCUUUGAAAAAACUGUCACAUCGGCUCUUUCGGAUCAUCAUGCCGUACUUGUAACUUCACUAAUCACAAAGUGUCUCAAGGAAAUUACGUCCACUUUUUUAUCUCGUGAGCUGAGCUUUUGGAUUGUGGGUCAACACAGAAAUCCAGAUAUUCCUGAUGUGUGGUCUUGGCCAGUUCUGCACAGAUUGAUAGAUAAUUGUUGUACUGACAGCGAUGACUUGACUGUCGAGACUUUGAAAUUAUUUGAAGAGAUGAUUGAGAAAAGAGACGAACACACAUUGCAUUGUCUCGUUUUAACGUACUUAACAAAUAGAGGGUAUUAUGAUAAUAGUGCUGCUGACAGUGCAAUUGCUUCCUGGAGUGAUGAAGAAGACGAGAGAGAAAAAGAAAAGAAAAGUUCUCUGGAUUUGUCGAGUGGACAAAAUCACAGCCGAACUCUGGCACCAAGCAAUAUUCACAGGAUUAUUAAUUGCUUCCUGUCGUUGGUGCCACGACAGCUUCAAACGGACACCGACGUGAAUCGUUAUGAAAGAUACAUGGUGGAUUGGGAAAAACAAUAUUCAAUAGUAUUUUCAGAUUGUGCUCUGCUUGCCUGGCCUUUGGAGGCUGUAACAGUAGACGAUUCUGCUAGUUCAGAUUCUAGACCAGAAGCUGAUCACUGUUCUGCUAGAUUUUACAUGGGGCCUUUUCUCUCAAUGCUUUUUGAAAAAGUCAGCAACAUUCCAAAUCAGAAGUACGAUAUUAAUUUGCAGCUCACAGUUGUGAUCUCCAAAUUAGCUCUUCUGCCUCAUCCCUAUCUACAUGAAUUUCUUUUAAACCCCCUGCUACCACUAACGCCUGGAAUAAAAAGUUUAUUUAUUUGCUUGCAAAGAGUCGUGAAGCAUUUGAUCGGCGAAAUGCAGAAGAUUCAUAAUUAUAAACAUAUUCUCAAGGAAACAAGGCUCCGAUUGCUGGAAGAUUUGUUCGUAGACCCGACACAGGAGAACAUUUUAUAUGAAAGUGUGAUAAUUACUGAAGAAUUCUGUAAAGAACUCGCAGCAAUAUCAUAUGUUAAAUACCAUCAUUCCAUGUAAAUCAAGUGUUUAAUUAAGAAAAUGUAAAGUAUAAUCCAAAGAAUGUUCUUACAAGAACUUGUAAGUAUUUUGCAAUUUUAGAAAUGGGCUUAGAAAUGUACAUUUCAUUCUGUGACCUCUGUAAAAUAUACGCAAUUGAAUAUUUUUCGGUAGGGUUAUCAUAAAUGUUUAUGAUACUGGAAGAUACAGUGAUUUUUGUGCACAAGUAAUUUCGCUAUCAUUAUUCGAAUAAACAAAUUUUGAAAAAA